UCGCGUCGUAAUCGCGCGUGGUUCUCCCUCCACGCUCCUCCUAACUUGAAUGAAAACGUGAACGCUCGGACAAGCUUUCUCUCACAAACAAUUACAAACCAACUAACAACAACGAAGGAGUUUCUCUCAGUUUUGGAUUCGUGACUUACGGAAGCUAAAGUUCUUAGGGUCUUGUUCUGUUAAAACCCUAGAUUCUUCCCCAUUCUUAACAGGGGAGCCUAUUAACUAGCUGUAUUCAAGUUUUAAACAGUGAAAUUAGAAGAAAAGUUUCUUGCUAAAGAAAUUUUAUUCGUAGCAGAAUUCUUUUAUGCCAGCUAAUUAUGACUACAACAAUGAAGCUUUCCCUCUUGAUAAGUGAAAGAAGAACUUGAAUAUCAUCUGAUAGAUACAGGCUGCUCUGCUAAGCUUCUCAACUGCGGCGCAACAUUUGUUACUGCAGUGUCAACAUUUUGGGUUUUGGUGUUAACAGCCUUUAUUCCAGUGUGCAGAGCCCCUGAAAAAAUUGAACAUUCAGAUGAUGUUUCAAGAAGUCAAGAGCUCCUCCAGGAGUUUCUGAAAUCUGGACAAGGACAGGAAAAACUCAGCUUCACCGAAAAGGAAAAUGUCUGAACUUCCUAAGACUAAUAACAAGACAAUUAAGAAGCAUGAUUCGAAAAAAGUUUCUUCUAGUCCCACCAAUCAGCCUUCUAGGAAGCAACAGAGAAAGGGGGAGAACCCCAUACGACUACCUCCUCCUUCUGAGCAGUCUUCAGACUUUGGAUGUUCAAACACAUGGAUGUGUAAAAAUUCUGCUUGUAGAGCUGUUCGGUCCAUUGAUGACACAUUUUGCAAGAGGUGUUCAUGUUGUAUCUGUCACUUAUUUGAUGACAAUAAGGACCCUAGUCUGUGGUUGGUUUGUACAUCUGACUCUGGUCAAGAGGACUCAUGUGGACUGUCUUGCCACAUUGAGUGUGCCCUUCAAAGUGAGAAGGUCGGGGUUGUUGAUCUUGGGCAAUUGAUGCAGUUAGAUGGCAGUUAUUGUUGUGCUGCUUGUGGUAAAGUUUCAGGAAUACUUGGAUGUUGGAAGAAGCAGCUAAUUGUCGCUAAGGAUGCUCGUCGAGUUGAUGUACUAUGUUAUAGGAUUUAUUUAAGCUAUAGGCUCCUGGAUGGGACUUCAAGAUUCAAAGAACUGCAUAAUAUUAUAAAAGAUGCAAAGUCCAAGCUAGAAACAGAGGUGGGCCCAGUGGAUGGAAUUUCUGCCAAGAUGGCACGUGGCAUUGUCAGCAGACUCUCUGUUGGUGGAGAUGUGCAGAAACUAUGUUGUCUUGCUAUUGAGAAAGCAGAUGAAUGGCUAGCAUCUAUUUCUAAUGUCAAUCCAAAUUGCAGAGAGGAUUCACUUCCUUCUGCUUGCAGGUUUUUAUUUGAGGAAGUGACAUCUUCAUCUGUUGUAAUUAUUUUGAUUGAACUGUCCACCAUCUUAUCUGAUGAAAUUAAAGGCUACAAACUCUGGUAUUGCAAGAGCAGAGAAGAGGUGCACACAAAAGAGCCUAUUUGUGUUUUUCCAAGGGCUCAGAGAAGGAUUCUGAUAUCCAAUCUUCAGCCCUGCACAGAAUACAGUUUCCGGAUUGUUUCUUAUACAGAUGCUGGUGACAUGGGUCAUUCAGAGGUUAAGUGUUUCACUAAGAGUGUGGAGAUAAUUCACAAGAACCCUAAUUCAAAAAUAACUGUGAAUCGUAGGAACUUAAAUAACCCUGUUGAAGGAAGUUGUUCUAAUGCUGAGAGAGAAUCCAAAAUGACAAUGGGAGUGAGUUCUGGGUUCAAGGUUCAAGACCUUGGAAAGAUCUUGCGUCUUGCCUGCGCUCAAGAGCAAGGAUGCCUUGAAGGGUUCUGCAGUGCUGACAUAGAGAAGUGUUGUGGAGCAAACAAAGUGGUCAAUCCUGAAAGUCCAGAAGAAGAUCCACUGCCGUCUAUUUCACGUGGGCUUGACUUAAAUGUUGUUUCGGUGCCUGAUUUGAAUGAAGAACUAACCCCUCCAUUUGAGUCCUCAAGAGAUGAAGAUAAUGGAUGCACUGUUGGGCAAGCUGUGGAGGCAGAUGAUGAUGCUGCUUCUCAUGACAUAGAGAAAAACCGUUUUGUGGGAUCACAUGGUAGUGGUGACUCCCAAACGACCUGGACCCAUAGGCCAGCUGGAGAAGUGCCUGCUGUUGAAUCCCGGGCAGAGUUGUGUAAAAAAAGAUCGGCGCCUUCAAAUGAAGAGCCACAUGACUGUGAUAGCACUCUGAUUAACGGAUCUCCAUUCCGCAUUUCCAAUGGUUCAGGUUGCUUAGAUGAGAACUUCGAGUCCUGUGUCAAGAUAAUUCGAUGGCUGGAAUGUGAAGGUCAUAUUAACCAAGAUUUUAGGUUGAAAUUACUAACAUGGUUUAGUUUAAGAUCAACGGAGCAAGAACGUAGGGUGGUUAAUACUUUUAUUAAAACUUUGAUUGAUGAUCCAAGUAGCUUAGCUGGACAGUUGGUCGACUCUUUUUCAGAUAUGGUGUCGAGCAAGAGGCCUCGGAAUGGGUUCUGUAGUAAGCUGUGGCAUUAGUUUAGGACAGGGCAUUCUAAUAUGCAGGAUAACUUUCUACUACAUGAUUAUUUUUUCCCUGCAAGGAAAAAAAAAAAUUUACCUCUGAUUGUUUCACUGUUCUUUGUACAGGCAUUUUUUCAUAAUCACUGUCAGAAGUGAUUAAUUUGUCUUAUGGACAAAGUUUGUCCAGCCAAAACGAUUUGGGUUGCUGAUCGCAGAGACAGGGGAGGCCUUUUGAAGUUAAGAAAUUACAUUCUGGAAUUCAUUUUCAAUUUUCUAAUUUGUCGGAAAUAUAUUUGCAGUAAUAUUUGUCUGGAUACCUUUUUGUUGCCUUCUCUAAUGCAAAGAAGGUACAAGAAACAGAUGUUAUUACUUUGUUCCAUUCCAUUCCGUUUAGCAGUUUCCCUUUUUUA